AUGAGCCUAUCCGUUUGCAAACUGCGACUUGACAAGAAUGCUUCUGAUCAUCCGCAGGCGGAUCUUACUACCGCAGCCAGUGUAGACGACGAAAGCUGCAUCGAUGUUGGUAGUGACGACGAUGCUGACCGAGACGGUGGCGAGAUGGAAGUUCAAGAGAUGAGCACCGGAGAUUCCUUUCCGACAGAGGGCGGCUUUGUGAAGAAAUUCGGAACGGAAAAUCGCCCAAUGAGCAGGAUGAUGUUUGAGAACCGAGGGCUUGUCAAGUACCGACACAAGCGAGAACGUAACCCAAGAGUCCAUCUGCGCUAUAAGUACAAAAAGGCGACCAUUCGCUACCGUUCUCGAAUACCACCAGUUCGGAAGGAGGACAAACCCUAUUCAGGCGAGGCUCGUGGAAUACGCGCCAAUCUGAUCCGGUCACAGAAGUUCUCCAAACAUUGA